AGCGAUGCGGCGGCUGGUGGAGUGGCUGGUGUGGCUGGUCUGGCUGGUCGCGCUGGCGGGGGCGGCCGACCCCUUCCUGAAGAUGUUCGCGGCGCAGCAGGUGGCCGCCGACCCGUGCUACGACCAGCACCGCGCGCGCCGCUGCGUGCCCGACUUCGUGAACGCGGCGUUCGGCUUGGCGGUGCAGGCGAGCAGCGGGGCGGAGGGCGCGCCGCGACACCUCACCGACCUCAACAACCCCAGCAACGUGACGUGCUGGCGCUCCGCGGGUCAGGACGGCGACAACCUCACGCUCACGCUGUCCCUGGGCAAGCGCUUCGAGGUGACGUACGUCAGCCUGCAGGUGUGCCCCGGCUCGCCGCCGCCCGACUCGCUCGCCAUCCUCAAGAGCGCCGACUUCGGCCGCAGCUGGCGCGCCUACCAGCUGUACGCGCGCGACUGCCCCGCCCCCGCCCCCGCCCCCGCCCCCGGCGGCGAGCUGGAGGCGGGCUGCGCCGAGCCGCGCGCCCCGCGCAUCGCCUUCAGCACGCUGGAGGGCCGCGGCGGGGACGUGGACCAGUCGCCGGCGCUGCAGGAGUGGGUGACGGCGACGGACGUGCGCGUGGUGUUCCCGCCGCGCGCCGAGACGGCCGUGGCCGACCUGGCCGUGGGCGGGCGCUGCAAGUGCCACGGGCACGCGGCGCGCUGCGCGGCCUCGCGCGACGGCCAGCUGGCCUGCGAGUGCCGCCACAACACGGCGGGCCGCGACUGCGAGCGCUGCAAGCCCUUCCACUUCGACCGGCCGUGGGGCCGCGCCACCGCGCGCGACGCCAACGAGUGCCGCGCGUGCAACUGCAACCUGCACGCGCGCCGCUGCCGCUUCAACACGGAGCUGUACAAGCUGUCCGGGCGGGUGAGUGGCGGCGUGUGCCUGCGGUGCCGCCACUUCACGGCGGGCCGGCACUGCCACUACUGCAAGGAGGGCUACUACCGCGACCCGUCGCGGCCGCUCUCCCACCGCCGGGCCUGCAAGGCGUGCGACUGCCACCCCAUCGGCGCCUCGGGCAAGACGUGCAACCAGACGACGGGGCAGUGUCCCUGCAAGGACGGCGUCACCGGAGUCACGUGCAACCGCUGCGCCAAGGGCUACCAGCAGAGCCGCUCGCACAUCGCGCCCUGCAUCAAGGUCCCGCGCUACUCCAGCCAGCUGACGGCGGCCGAGGAGGCGGCAGGCGCGGCGCCCGCAGAGGGGGACGACUGUGGCAAGUGCCGCGCAGCUACGAAGAGGCUGACUCUCAACAAGUACUGCCGCCGAGACUAUGCCAUCAUGGCCAAGAUAAUGGACAGAGAGUCGGUGGAGGAUUGGGUGAAGUUCUCGGUGAGCGUGCAGGCGGUGUUUAAGCGAGCCAGGGUAUCCCACCUGCGGAGGGGGAACAUGUACGUGUGGGUGCACAUGAAGAACCUGGCCUGCAAGUGCCCCAAGAUCAAGACAAACAAGUCGUACUUGAUCCUGGGCAAGGAAGUGGAUGGCGACCGCCCCGGCCUGAUGGUGGACCAGCGAUCUGUCGUCAUCGAGUGGAAGGACGAGUGGCACAGGCGACUCAGGCGCUUCCAGCAGCGCUCCAGGGAGUGCAACUAGAGCCUGCUCCAAAGAGCUGGCCCCUCGCCACCCUGCACGCCAUUCUCAUCAGCUAUCAUUGCCACCCAUACACAGCGCAUCUUCUAGCAUCGGGCAAUAAGUCGUAGAAAUUUCAGUACCAUGUUCUUGAUUCUCUUAUGCUUUUUAAAUUUAUUUCCCCAUCUUUUGGAACAAUUUCGAUGUUUUAGAAUUUUCCUUAACAUUUACUGUGAAAACAAUGAGCUGUUUUGGUUGAGUGCACUGCUGCUGAUUUAUAACAAUAAGACUGUAACACAAAGGCUGAUUUUCUUGCUGGGCCGACAGACUUACGGAAGGUUUCGAGAAGCAACAACACGGAGGAAGGAAACAUUGCCACGGUGAUUGUGAGAUAAAAGUUACCAGGGAAACAACCUAAUGGUGGCUUGCAGGUGCAAGUUGUGAAAAGCAAAGGAUGUAAAAAAAAAAAGAAAUAGAAACAAGAAUUAGCAAUUAAGUUAACUGUGACUGAAGAAAUAUUUUUCUUUCCCAUCUUUGCCAUCAUUUGUCAUUUUUUUUUUGUUUUAAUUUAUUAUUGCAUAUACUGUUUCAACCAAUUAUAUAUUAGCUGUAAAUUUA